GCGGUCCACCUCCUCCCUCACGCCAGUCCUACAACCAUGCGUUUCCUGUCAGUGACAGCGGUGCUGGCCGUGAUGGCUGGUGUUUGCUAUGGUGGACUGAUUGGUGGCUAUGGUGGUCAUGGUGGCCUUGGUGGUCUUGGUGGUCUUGGUGGACUUGGUGGGCUUGGGGGUCUUAAAGGGCUUGGUGGUUAUGGUGGAUACAGUAGCGGCAACGGUUAUGGUGGAGGCUUGGGUGGUUUUGGUGGAUUUGGAGGCCAAGGUGGAGGAUUCAAUGGAGGAUACGGAGGCCAGGGAGGUCACACAUUCAUACUGAGCAAGAGCCACGGAAGCCAUGGAGCAUUCGGUCAAGGAGGCGGACACGGUCAGCUUGGCCUGGGUGGAUUUGGUGGUUUUGGCAAAGGUGGAUACGGCAAGAAUGGCGGUGGUGCACUUGGUGGAGUUGGACUGGGUGGACUCGGAGGACUUGGCCAUGGUGGCUACGGGAAGUAAACCUUUUGGAAAGACAUUGUCCUGACGAAGGCCAGCGACGUGUUCCUGAGUCCUCGGCACCACUGUUGUAAUAAAUUCUCAGAAGUGA